AUGUCUUCCGGCUUCUCCGGCGGCGUCCCGGACUUCUUCUCCGGCAGCCGCAGGGCCGCCGUUCUACCCACGUCCGCCAACGCUGGCACCUUUAACGCAAAUCCCAACCACCAACAGCAAUUCUCCUUCCGUUCGCCGCUCGCCGGAGUCCCACCCGACCCGGCCGCACAGAUCCGGCGGUCCGAGUUUACCGGCAAGAGGUCGCUCGCCGAUUUUCAGCAGGCGAGCCAGGGAUUAGGAUUCUAUCUCCGGAACGUGAAGCAGAGGCCCGGAAACUACCACCACGCGCCGCCGGUUUCGCCGCUCUCUGCGACGGAUCUCACUCAGAUUCCCUCGAUUUCGCCGGUGAUGUCCGCCCUCAACCCGCGGUACGGCCUCCCCGUCCUCCAGCAGCACCGGCUGCAGCCCCUGACGAUUUUAAACAGAAACGCCGGCGGUAAUUUGCCCGCCGGAGCUUCGAUGCUGAACUCGGGCCAGAACAGGGGAUUCGGGCCGAGUAAUUUGAGUUCGGAACCGGAGUAUUCGACCCGGGAUCAGUCGGAGAAGAGCGUUAUGAUGAGCCACAAGCUGCUGGAGCUCGAAAAGCAGCUCCUCGGAGACGACGAAGAGGGCGAGACAGUAUCCGCCGUCACCGACAGCGAGUGGUCGGACACGAUCCAAAACCUGAUCGGCCCGGCCCGAAAGCCCAUUUCUUCCUCCCCAACCUCGUCCUCCUCCUCGUGCUCCUCGGCCACGCCGGCGCUACCCUGCCCGAAGCAGGCGCUCAUCGACGCCGCGGCCGCCGUCUCCGACGGCCGUCCAGAGGCCGCCGCCGAGAUUCUCGCCCGCUUCCAGCAACCGGCGGCGAACCCGCGCGGGACUCCUGAGCAGCGGCUCGCUGCUUACAUGGCCGCGGCGCUGAGGGCGCGCGUGGCGCCGGCGCAGCUGUCACAACCGGAGGUUCUCGGGAAGGAGCACGCAGCUUCGACGCAGAUGCUGUACGACGCCUCGCCGUGCUUCAAGCUUGGGUUCAUGGCGGCGAAUCUCGCCAUCCUCGAGGCCACGGCGGAGCAAGGGCUCUCCAAAAUCCAUGUCCUCGACUUCGAAAUCGGGCAGGGCGGGCAGUACGUGCACUUGCUCCACGCGCUCGCUGCUAAGUGGAAGACAGAAACCCCCAAUUACGACGGCGCGUCGUUGAGAAUCACCGCCGUGGUGGAUAAAUCCACCGCCGGCGGCGCCGCCGCCGAGGAGAAACUGAGAAUCGUGGGCGACGGCCUCCGAGCGCUGGCCACCAGAAUCGGAGUCCCGCUAGCGUUCGCAGCAAAAAAUCUCGAAAUCGCCGAGUUAACUCGGGAGAAUCUGGGAAUCCGGGACGGCGAGGCCCUUGCCGUGAACCUCGCGUUCCGGCUGUACAGGCUGCCUGACGAGAGCGUGACCACGGAGAAUCUGAGGGACGAGACUCUCCGGCGCGUGAGGGGUCUGUCGCCGGAGGUCGUGGCGGUGGUUGAGCAGGAGUUAAACACCAACACUGCCCAGCUGGAGGCGCGUGUGCGGGACACGUGGGAGUACUACGGGCUGCUGCUGGACUCGCUCGAGUCGACUCUGGCCCGGGACAGCUCGGACCGAGUCAGGAUCGAGGAGGGGCUUGGCCGGAGGAUGGUCAACGCUGUGGCACGAGAGGGUUUGGACCGAGUCGAGAGGUGCGAGGUGUUUGGGAAAUGGCGGGCCCGGAUGUGCAUGGCCGGGUUCGAGCCGAGGCGCAUGAGUCGACUCGUGGUGGACUCGCUCCGCGCUAAGUUGAACUCUGGGACACGUGGCAACCCGGGUUUCAGUGUGAGCGAGGAAUCGGGCGGCGUGGGGUUUGGUUGGAUGGGUCGGAAUCUGACGGUCGCGUCUGCGUGGCGUUGA